CUUUGCCCUUCUCUCUAUUUAUCAGAUCAGUCAGUGCUCAUUCAAACCAAAAGUGAGGUCCUUUAUCUCUCAUCUUUAUCUUCUCCCCUUUUUCCAGAGAUUUAUUCUGAUUUGCUUUUCCCUGGAAUAUAAAAUUACUCAGCUGCUGCCCUGGAAAUGUCAGUCUAGUCUUCUUCUUCUUCUUGGCUUAAAAUUGAUCUUUUUUUGUUUGGUUGCUGAUUGAGAAGAGUGCAUAUGAAAAACAAAUCUUGACUUUUUUGUCCAUACUUUUUCUAUUUUGAAGCUCCUUUUUGUCUUUCCCUCUUUCCCAACUUCCACUCUCCCACCUGAACUCAAAAUCUUCCUUUGAUCUUCAACAAAAACUACCUCUAAUCUCUACAGAUCCUUUAACUCCAAGUACCCAACUUCCAGUUUCCAGCCAAUAUUUGCCUCAUAUAGUCAAACCCAAAAAAUUCUGCAGAUUAUUUCUGCAAAUUUCAGUCUGAUCGCAUCAAUAUUGAAGAAGAUUGGAUCAAUUUGGGAUUCCGAAGGAAGAAGAUGCAAGACCCGGCAGUAUACGCACAGAUCAAGCCUCAAUUCCCAGAGCAAGAACACCUGAAAUGCCCUAGAUGCGAUUCAAUGAACACUAAGUUCUGUUACUACAACAACUACAACCUCUCUCAGCCGCGGCACUUCUGUAAGAACUGCAAAAGGUAUUGGACCAAAGGCGGCGCUCUCCGAAACAUCCCCGUCGGCGGCGGCUCCCGCAAAAACGCCAAGCGCUCGUCUUCCUCCUCUUCCUCGUCCUCCUCCUCUUCCAAGCGGUCCUCGACGACGCCGUCUUCCCCGCCGCUCCACCUCCCUCCUUCGACGGCGCCGCCGAAGUCGGCGCAGUUCGAAAUCUCCGGGCUUCAGGGUUUCAGUGUGAAUGCUACGAGCUUCACGUCGCUUUUGACUGCCAGCGGCGGAGGGCAGUUUGGGAAUUUACUGGAUGGGUCGGAUUUACAGUUGGGUGAGUUUACCGGGAACCCGAACCCGGCUCCUUCCUCUUGCCCGAGCACAGACGGUAUGGCCCGAUUGGGGCUCGGUUUGGUUCAAAGUCACCCGGGUUCGGGUUGGAGUGGGGCUAACAAUGACUGGCCCGAUCUAUCAAUGUACACGCCAGAUCCCACAUUCCAGUAAUUAAUCUUAAUUGCAACUACAUAUAUAUACUCGGACAUUAAUCUUAUUAGCACAAACAUACUGUUAUUUUGGUCAUUCAUGUGGGUUUUUGUAGAGAGUGUUACUCAUCAGCCCGGUCCGUGGACAGCUCCAAUGACCCGUUGGCUCGAAUGAGUGACCCAAGAGCCCAUUGGACUUUCGAAUGUUGGGCCUGUGGGCCCGCGGACCACUCAUAUAUGUAAUGGUGUGGGAGAUAGAUUCAUAUUUAUUUAUUACCUAGUAGUAGAUAAAAAGAAUUGGUUGUUCCAUAUGGAAUGCUUCCCCCCUACACUACACAUAAAUUAUACAGCAAUGUGGGGAUUUGGGUGCUGUGGUCAAGUACUUGUGAGAACAGUGAAAAAUGUAUUCUAUCUAUACAUUGCUCCGUACUAAAUGGCAUGAAAUCUUUCUCCAUA